CGUCAUCUCCGCCCUGCACAACUCGAUUCUCCUCUUCCGUUUCUCUCUCGCAUUCAACCAUGCCGUACCGUCAGCGAAAGGGCGGGCAAAAGUGGAGGGAGAAAACGAAGACCGACAGCUCCGGCCUUAACAGACUUGGUGAAUGGAGUGCUAGUGGAAGCAGUGGGCAAACUCGAGCAUCGGUUCAGCCUAUACAAUUUGGGAGGGUGCAGGUGAAUCCGGUUCCAGUACAAGGGAAAAAAGGAGUCUGGCUGCCCAAAUCUUAUGGAACUGUUGGUGGAUCGACGGCAGUAGAAGCCGAAGUACCCGCUGCUGCUAAAAGUACAGUUGGAUUGCAGCAAAAUGGGAAAAGUAGUUCUGGUGCAAGUAAGGUGUUCAAGGGUAAUCUCUUGGAAAAUUUUACGGUGGACAACUCAACGUAUUCUCAGGUGCAGAUACGAGCUACGUUCUAUCCUAAAUUUGAAAACGAGAAGUCAGAUCUAGAGAUCAGGACGAGGAUGAUUGAGAUGGUCUCUAACAGCCUGGCUUCCUUGGAGGUUUCACUUAAACACUCUGGGUCACUUUUUAUGUACGCUGGUAAUGAGGGUGGUGCUUAUGCCAAAAACAGCUUUGAUAUACAGCCGUUGGUGUAUUUGUCCUUGGACGCAUGUUUCGUGAGACAUGGGGAUCUGAAGCAGCAAAAAAGCAAGCAGAGUUCAAUGAUUUCCUAGAGGUAGGAACCAUAUGUGCGUAUCAAUGGAGCUCGUAACUGCUGUCCUAGGAGACCAUGGACAGCGUCCAAAUGAAGAUUUUGGUACAGAGUUCUUUUCUUCUCUUCUUUUAUGGUUUAGAAACUUUAAUGACCUUGGAUGGCUGAGAUUAAGUCAUAAAUUUCAAUACUUUUUGAC